UAGAACUUCUAAAUCAACUGUACUGCAAAUAAUUUUAUCAAGAUAAAAUGCCAAGAUUUCAACUUUCUGCUUUACAGUGGAUAAUAGGGUUGGAUGUUGGCCUAAAUAUAAUAUAUUGAAUGUAAAUGUACAUAUGUUAUUGACCUAACUAAAUGUAUUUAAUAAUCUCUUUUAUUUUUCUUUGCAUGUUGCAAUCUGUAUGUUCACAAUACUCUAGGGAGGAAUUUCCCACGGUAGAAUUUUCUUAUAAAAACCCAGCACAAUUUAACCUUGUACAUCCAGUGUAAUGGGACAGGUCUGUUUCUUUGCACAUUGUUCAGAUGAUUGGAUGACUACUCUAUGGAGAGGACCAAUGAAACAUCAGUUACAGAAUUCAUUUUGUCAGGAUUAAUUGAUAACCCCAAUUUCAACAUUCUUUUUUUUGUGGUCUUUCUAUUAAUGUAUUCAGUAACCUUUUUCGGCAAUACAUGUAUGAUCCUUUUGAUUUGUUGCUCCGCUGCUCUUGAAAACCCAAUGUAUUUUUUUCUUUGCCAUCUGUCACUUUCAGAUCUAUGCUAUUCUUCAGUUAUUACCCCUAAAAUUUUAAUUAAUAUGCUGUCAGACAGGAUGGUGAUAUCUUUUACAGGAUGUGCUGCUCAAUUAUUCUUUUUUGCCUUAUUUGUGGGUGCAGAAUGUUUCAUUGUCACAGUGAUGGCCUAUGAUCGAUAUAUGGCGAUUUGUUACCCUUUACUUUAUAUAAUCAUUAUGAACAAAAGUCUUAGAAUAAAAUUGGUUGUUUCAGCCUAUGGUGGAGGAUUGUUAACAUCAAUUAUACAUACCAGUUGUACAUUCCGGUUGUCCUUUUGUGGUUCCAAUAUAGUGAACCAUUUCUUUUGUGACAUUCCUCCACUACUUAAACUCUCCUGCACUGAUACUUUCAUAAGUGAACUGAUGAUGUUUCUCUUAUCCAGUGUUCUUGGAGCACUCUCUGCCGCCAUUAUCCUGGCUUCCUAUGCAAACAUUAUUUCUGCCAUGCUGAAAAUGCAUUCAUCUGAAGGUAGAAAAAAAGCCUUUUCGACAUGUUCUUCACAUCUAAUGGUAGUGGCGUUAUUUUUUGGGACAGCCAUAUUUGUAUAUGCAAGACCAAUAUCCAGUUACUCAAUCCAGAAGGACAAAGUAAUUUCAUCAAUAUACACUGUAGUAAUUCCUAUGCUGAACCCAAUUAUUUAUAGUCUCCGAAAUAAACAGGUCAAAGUUGCUUUCACAAAUGUUAUCAAUAAAAUACUUAUGUAAUACAUUCAAAAUAAACCUUUUCUAAUAAUUUCAA